AUGUCAGGAAACAGUGUGGAUGAAGAGCUUGAUGAACAGCCAGCAACAAACACAGGUCCCAAAGGUGUGAUCAAUGACUGGAGAAAAUUCAAGCUGGAGAGCGAGGACCAUGAGUCUAUUCCACCCAGCAAGCGGGAGCUUCUCAGACAGAUGUCUUCUCCUUACCGAUCCAACAGCAAAGAUGAAACAGACAUCCAGAGGAGAUUAAACCGUAAGAUGAAUGUGCAGGAGUAUGAGCUGCUUCAGGAUGAGGAUGAGGGCUGUCUGCGCAAGUACCGGAAGCAGUGCAUGCAGGAUAUGCACCAGCGGCUGAGCUUCGGGCCCAAGUUUGGUUGCCUGUAUGAGCUAGAGAGCGGGGAGCAGUUUCUGGAUGUCAUCGAGAAGGAGCACAGGCUAACGAUGGUGGUGGUCCACAUCUACGAGGACAAAGUGAAGGGCUGUGAUGCCUUGAACAAUUGCCUCACCUGCCUGGCUAUGGAGUACCCCGCUGUGAAGUUCUGCAAGAUCAAGGCCUCUGACACGGGGGCAGGCAACCGCUUCUCGGACAGUGUGUUGCCCGCCCUUCUAGUCUACAAGGCAGGGGAUCUGGUGGGCAACUUCCUGAGCAUCUCCGAGCAUCUGAACGAGAAGUUUUUUGCAGUGGAUGUGGAGUCCUUUUUAAACGAGUAUGGCUUGUUGCCAGAGAAAGAGUUUGGGGCCUGUCAGAAUGCACAGGAAGAUGUUGAAUAAAAUAGAGGUGUUAGGUGACAGUAGAGAAUACGUUUUAUUUAUACUUCUCAGUAGCGUUCUAUAGAGGGGGCCUCAACUAUCCCUGGCUCCUUUCCAAAAAGAUAAAGUGUUGUCGUCUUUUAGGGCAACCGCAACCAAAUUUACUAUUGGAUUCAAAGGUUACCAACCCAUCAGCGCCCUAAGAAUUACAUCCUGGUUUAAAUCAUUGGAAUCCAAGAAUACUUUGGAGUCUAUUUAAUAAAAUACAGCAUGUGCUACCUUCAACAAGCCCAAAAUGCAUUAUUUUCUCAAUUGUUUAUAUUACAUAGCAACAACUGACUUUAAAAACAAAUAAACAUCUACAUUGAAAAGGUGCAGGGUAACAAUCUAGGCCAUUUAAUUGCUAUGUAACUAUUGUUCCUUAACAUUAUCCAUUAGAUUCAGUUGUGAAACCUGAAAGAGAGAUGUCUAUGUUUUUAUUCAACUUUCAAGGUUGGAUAUGGUCUUACAUUUUCAUCACUCCGGUUUUGUAAAUUAAUAUGAUAUUUUGACACAAGAUAAAGAUAAUGGAAGCACCUCGAGAUUAGAUGUACUUCUUAAAUAUGUAACACACCACUACAAUGUUGUGUAAUUACAGAGUGUAUGCAUUAUUUGUAUGCAUAAAACACUGGAGUACAGCUACACCAAUGAAAAAGAUCAUUGUAUUAAAACAGCUACAAGUUUAACUUUGACACUGCCAUUAUCACACAUGGAUAUUUGUUGUGAAUGUUCUGUAACUCUACAAUGCUGUGUGCUUGUCUGUGUCUGUGGGCAUUAUUUACAUAUUUCAUUGUAGUGAUCUAAUCAGUGAUGGGUUUAAAUAUUGCUUCCCCUUUGUUAACAUCAUUAAUAAACAAUAAAUAAGCAGCAAAUUAAUACAUUUUAGACAAGCAGUA